AUGAAAAAAAUCUUACCUGAUAUAGUUCAUGAUCAAGUAUUAAAGGAAAAAGUUAUUGGUUAUAAUGAUGAUGGUUCUUAUAAUACAAUUACACGAACUUGGAAGAAUCCUGAAUACUUAACAUAUAUGCAAUAUUGGGUAUACAAUUAUACUAAUUCAUUGGAAAUGCAGCAUCGAGGUGCCUAUCCAGAUAUGCUUGAGAAAGGUCCAUAUUCAUAUCGUGAAUAUCAGUCAAAUAAUGUUGAGGGAUGGUCUGAGGAUGAAACAGUAGUUUUUUAUCGACGAAAAUCUGUGUUUAUUUUUGAUAAAGCAACCUCUUGUUCAACUUGUAGACCUGACGACAUAUUUAUUGUUCCAGAUAUAAUUUUUUUUAAAUUGAUGGAUAUUCUGACAAGUCCUCAGGAGGUUCACAAUAUUCUUUGUACCCUCCCAGAAAUUGCUGGUCAAUCAUUUUGCGAUGCUAUAAGCAUGGAAACACUUCAAGAAGCUAUAAAGAAUUUUUCAGAUUAUAUUUCGAUUGCAAUGAAAGCUCGCGGUGCUGGGCCGUUUAUACCUGUGACAGUUAACGAUCUGCUUUUUAACGGUUUUGAUGAUCCACUGAUAACGCGAGUUGCAAACUUCUUACUGGACAUAAUUCAAGAAAUCUUACCUCUACUUAUUCAGGAUGCAUCAUCUAUUCUUGACAUUUUACCAAAAUCACUGGAAACCCCAAAAGCAAAUUUGAAUGUGAAUAAUAAUACGCUCCAAUUACAAUUUCAAAUGCGUACUGGUAAAGAUGAUAUUGAUACAGUCGGUGAAGUAUUAUCCUUUUAUGAUGAUGAAAAUGGAACAAACACUGAUGGAAAUUUGCUACCAGAAUCCUGGUGGUCUGCACCAGACAUAGAUCAGUGUUCACCAAGUCAGGCGAUCCUUGCUCGACGUCUGAAUGGAACGUUAGGAGAUUUCUUUAAACCAUUUGUUGAAAAGGACGAUAGGUUGUAUCUUUACAUUCCAGAAAUUUGCAGGUCGCUGUAUAUGGUUUAUGAUAAACAACUGACCAUAAAAGACAUCAAAGGAAUGCAUUUUAUAUUACCAGAUGACGUGUUCAAUUAUGAUUUAGAGCAUAACUGUGGCUUUUGCCAUCGUCUCAAGCACGAUAUGUAUGGUAAAAAAAGUGGUCAGAUAUGCUUACCAAAUGGAUUGUUAGAUAUCAGUCAAUGCACAAGAUUGACUCCACCAAUCGCUGUAUCAAAACCACAUUUUCUUGGCGCUGCACCAGAAAUUUUGCAUAUGUUUCCUCGUAUGAAACAGAAUAUCAAAGAUGAUGAAGUGUCGGUUGAUAUUGAACCGAAUAUGGGAAUUGUACUGAAAGCUGAUAAACGAUUACAAAUCAACGUGGUUGUUGGGCGUUAUAAUGUUACUAAAACGUACAAUGUUUUAUUACCUGGAGUUUAUCCAAUUGUUUGGCUAAACGAAUCUUUUCUUAUCGAUGACGGUACGGUUAGCGAUUUGAACAGCCGGUUGUUUAACCCUCAAAAACUGGUCAAAAUUCUGUGCUGGGUCUUUGGAGUUGGUCUAGGAGCAUUAUGCAUUGUAAUUUCAGUAAUACUUGGUGUUUGUAGCGUAUUCCGUCUAAAACAGAAAACUCCCAAAGCCAAAGAAGUCGAUGUAAAUUUGUCUUCUCAAGAAAAUAUGAAAAAUAUGCUUCAAAACAAGACCACAGAGCUUCGGUACCGCGGUUCAGUGGGAAGUAGUAAAACCGAAAAUUGA